CGACUCUGUCAUGAAGACACAUCUGUAACGUGUUGUGCAUUUCAGAGUGAUUAAGUUGGAUUAACCCUGAAUGUUUCCAUCUCGAACAUGUCAGUAGAGUAGUAGUCGGUUGUUUCUUCAUUCACACGGCAUCUCAGCCCAGUGACGACAAAUACAGCAGGAGAUUUCUACAAAUGAAAAUAUAUUGCCUAAAUUAAGAUGUUCCAACAACGACACCGAAGCUUAUAGCAAGCUUUUAGCGGGAAUAUGAAUCCAGCACACCAUCGUCAGAAAUGUGUUCGUUGUAUAUGUAACAAGUGGACAAUUCUAACUAUACUUGCAUUUUUGACAUGGCUGUACCGUUUGAUCGUUUAUCUCUCCGCAUCAAACCUACAAUUAGUUUUGGUACCCAUGGAAUUGGCCAAUGAAAAAAGAGCUUAUUGCCUUGAUGGAUCAGCACCAGGAUAUUAUUUCAGAAAAGGUCACGACGAGGGUGAGAAUUCGUGGAUUUUAUAUCUACAAGGUGGUGGCUGGUGUUGGAAUAUAUCGGAUUGCUAUGAAAGAACUAAGGGAAGGUAUGGUUCUUCGAAUGAAAUGCAAGGAACACUUCCAGUUGGUGGGUUCCUGUCCAACAGUGCCAACUCUAAUCCUGAUUUCUACAAUUGGAAUGUUGCGUUUUUCGCAUACUGCGACGGAGCAUCAUUUGCCGGUGAUGUAAACGUUCCUUUGUCAUAUAAAGGAAAUACAAUAUACUUUCGUGGUAAGAGAGUCUUGGACUUAUUACUAGACUAUCUUAUGGAUAAGGGUCUUAGCAGUGCUGAUAGGGUUAUAUUGAGCGGAAUGUCUGCUGGAGGUCUUGCAGUAUAUAUACAUGCUGAUUAUAUCCGAAAUAAAUUCCCACCACAAACUGCAUUCCAUGCUUUCCCAGAUGCUGGUUACUUUCCCGAUGUCAAAAAUAUCACAAAUCACGAUCAUAUUAAGGAGGCUUUUCAAAAUGUCAUCCGUCUACAAGGAAUUGAAAAUAAUUUGAAUACAGCUUGUUUGGCAGACCAAGACAUAAAUAGCAAAUGGAAGUGUUUCUUCCCCCAGUAUACAUAUCCUUAUGUUACGACACCCAUGUUUGUACUCAACUCAGCCUACGAUAUCUGGUCUCUCUGGUAUAUCCUGAACGUUCGGUGCCAUAUAUCUGCGUGCGACAAAGACAAUUUACACCAUCUAACGUCAUACCAUGAUCAGUUUAUGCAAAUAGCUGAACCAAUUUACAAGUCCACUAAAGCUGCUAUUUAUACCUCAUCCUGCUUUAGCCACGUGCACACACUGCAAAAUACAGAGUGGACAAAACAUCUCGUGAAUGGAACAACUCCUGUGGCGGCAUUUGGUGAUUGGUAUUUUGGCCGUAAAACUGUACAGCAAUCAAAGUACUGGGACUGUGCAACACCAGCCUGCAAUCCUACAUGUGAUUGGACGCUGAACACAUUUAUGUACUUUGCUUCAUCCAAUAGUAAAUACGACUUUUAG